UGUAAAAAUUAUAGGGUCCUUAUCAGCCGAAACUGAUUCCCCUUUGGGAAGCAUGCGGCUGUCGCCCCAUCAGAUACAGGAAUACUGUUUUCCACCUCCACAUGCUUAAAUAUAUUUAAAACAUUGAACAUAUCUCCAUUUAUACCACAUUUCAAAGUGUAGUUGGUUUCAAACAGGGAGACAAAGUUGUCUGGUCCAAGUUCCUUGUUUAAAUCUCUUCGAAGGACCCUAGGCUCGAAUUGUAAGUACAAUAGUCUACUUCAAUAAGGUAUAAUGUCUAAUUUCAAAUCUAUGGAUCAAGGGCAUCUCAAACUUUCGGAAAUAGGAAAAUCAUUUCGUGAUCGUUCCAUGUCUCCAAAUACUCCUUACCAAGAUCUUGAAGCUCAAAAUUUAACUCAAUCAUUUCAUAGUGAAGAUGAGUCCAAUAACGAAGAUGAAGAUGCAGAUGAAGAUGAUGAAGAUGAUGAACCAGUUCCAAUUUUAUCACAUAGUUGGGCACCUACUAGUGUUCUUGGAGCAUCAAAACAAGCUGUUUCAGCUCCUCAAACUCCAAAAUUUUAUAAAAGUUCAAGUAUUGCAGGUCCACCCACUUCUCAGUUGAGUGGUCUUCCACCAUUACAUCGUACAAUAUCUAACCCUAGUCAAAUAACUAAGGAAGAUUUGAAUAAACUACAGUCAUUCACUAAAAAUUAUAUUAUUCCAGCUGCAAAAUGGGCUUAUUCUCCAAUAAGCUCUAAGGUUAAACCUUCAUCAGCAAGUUCAAAUAAUGUUGUUAAAUACAAAAUAGAAUACUCUGUAUUCAAACCAUUGAGGCAUUUACGACCCAUUAAAUCAGAGAAGGAUUUUAUUAUUCAUUGGAGAAAAAUAGUGGAGGAUGAAACUAAUGAACCAUUUGAUUUUCCAGCAAAUUUUAUUACUAAAGCAUCUUUUAAUAAUAUAAUUGAUGAAGUAGUUAAAGUUAUAGAAGAGGAACAAAUCUUUCCAGAAAGAAUUGCUGCUGGAUCUUCAGGAAGUUAUUUUGUGUAUAAUCGAAAUAAUAAAAACCCUCAAGUACUUGAAAGAGUGGGUGUUUUUAAACCCAAGGAUGAAGAACCUUAUGGUCCAGUAUCACCUAAAUGGACUAAAUGGUUACAUCGUACAUUUUUUCCAUGUUUCUUUGGUAGGUCAUGUUUAAUUCCUAAUCUUGGUUAUAUUAGUGAAGCAGCAGCUACAGUUAUGGAUCAACAAUUAUUGUCAUAUAUUGUCCCACAUACUGAAGUCAUUAAUUUACGAUCUCCCACAUUUUAUUAUUCGUAUUUUGAUAAAUCAGAAGUUAUUAAUAAGUUACCUCAAAAGAUUGGUUCGUUUCAAUUAUUCUUAAAGGGCUAUACAGAGUCUAUUAAUUGGCUUCGAUCAUAUCCCAUUCCAAAUGAUGUAUCUACAUUACCCCAGACUUCAGAAGUAAUUAUUGGUGAAGAUGAGACGGUUCAAGAUACUCAAUUCAAAUGGUCCAAGACAAGUCUUAGACAAUUCCGAGAAGAGAUUGAAAAAUUGGUUAUUUUGGAUUAUAUAAUUAGAAAUACUGAUAGAGGAUUAGAUAAUUGGAUGAUUAAGAUUGAAUGGAUUUUAAAAAGGAAGACAAAGAAUGGGUCUAAGAUUUAUACUCCAAUUGUAAAGAUUGGAGCUAUUGAUAAUGGCUUGGCAUUCCCUUGGAAAAGACCCGAUGCUUGGAGAUCAUUCCCCUUUGGUUGGUUAUUCUUACCAUUAUCUAUUAUUGGUCAACCAUUUUCUUUAAGAACAAGAAAUCAUUAUUUACCAUUAUUAACUUCAAAGUUUUGGUGGGAACAAACUGUUGAAAAAUUACGUGCUACUUUUGAAAAAGAUAAUGAUUUCUCUCAUAGAUUAUGGUUAAAACAAUUGGCAGUAUUGAAGGGUCAAGCAUUUAAUGUAGUUGAAAUAUUAAAGUUAAGUUAUGCUGGUCCAUUAGAGUUGACAAGACGAGAAAAUUUGGAAGUUAUUGAUGAAGUAAUUAGCGUUCCUAAACUGGUAACUAACAAUAAGCUCCUUAGAGAGAUGCAACAAAGCAUAUAUGACAUUGGAGGAUAUGAAAAUGGAUAUCUGCCUUAUACGCCACGGAUUAAUGAAGAAGAAGAAGAAGAUGAUGAUGAUGAGGAAGAUGAAGAAGAAGGUGAGGGAGAUAGUAAUAUUAGUGAAGAAAAUGGACAUGAAGAAAUUAUAAGUCCAAUUAGUACCAACGUAUUAGUGGCCGAUACGACUCCAUUAUUAGCUGGAUCACCUGAUAUUCAAUAUAAAGGAAGAUAUCUUGAAGAUAUUAAUGGAUUUGAAUAUAAUCUUCAACAUGAUGCUAGUUCGAAUUAUCAAGAAAGGUCUAAUACUACGGCAGUUAUAGAGAGGAUAAUUAAAGCUAAUAGUCAACCACCUGUAUUUACAUGGUGUUAAGAAUAGUUAUUUUCUAUACACAUCUAAUGUAUUAUAUAUAAAUAUAUAUAUAUAUAUAUAUAUU